AUGGGUGUCUGCGCAUCAUGCCUCGGCAAUAACCGCAGCGAGCAAUAUGAGGAGGACGACGAAUCUCGCCUGCUAAACGAUGAUAUCAACAACAUGCAUUAUGGAAGCUUCGGGCAACAGCAAUUGACUGGUCAGGAGGAUCCUCUUGAAACGCAACGAGAACUCGAGGCUUUGCAGAGAGUUGUGGCCAGAACCUCUGACAACAUGGUCGAUAUUUUCGAAAUCACUCCUCAAGACACACGAGCGGUGCCAAAGCAGUACGAUGUUGAAGGAGAGGAAGACCCCAAGAUGGCGCGCUAUCAAAGUCUGCUCUCAAAACUCUCCGAGGACGCAGCUCAGCAGCCGAUAAGCCUGAGUAGCACAGCAAGCACCAAGGUUGACUGGGUACCGUGGGAUGAAGACAAUAUUGAGAUGCACAACGGCGCCAUCGUGCCACCGCUCAAGAUCGAGGCCGCAGAACCAUUUGUUGGCACGUUUGCUGACGCCGCCGCUGUUGCUGCAGCAAGAUAA